AUGUCCAAGCGGCUGCUGUCGCGGCUGCUCGGCAUGUUCCAAUCGCGGACGCAGGUGGGGGUCGAUAAGGCCGGCAACCGCUACUUCACCCGCGUCGAGGAGGUCGACGGCGGCAUGAAGGAGAGGCGGUGGGUGGAGUUCAAGGGCGCCGACCAGGACUCGACCACCGUUCCAGUCGAGUGGAUUUGCUGGCUGAAUGGCCAAAGGAAGAAAGCUCCAACACCAGAGGAACUGGCUGAGCUGGAGGCAAGGCGUGAACGUGUCAAGCAAAAUAUUGAACUUCUCAAAAAGAAAGAAGAAGAGGAAAGAAAAACCGGUACCCGACUAGUCAAGAAAAUUGGGAAAGCCGAAUCUCCAAAUCUCCAAAGUUUCGUGAAGCAGCAGUUUUCUGGUACUCCAGAUCAGCAGAAAGGACUUGAGGAGGUAUCUAGGCCUAAGGACUCAACUCAUACAGAAGAUGCUACGACAGACAAUGAGAGAACUGAGGUAGCUGGUACCGCAUCAACUGGAGUCACCUUGAUGGCAUCACCUUCAGCUUCUUCGAGGCCACUGGAUCCUGCUUGGGUUCACGCAAAAGUGGAUGCCAGUUCAAGAAAUGCCAUCAUAUGUCUUCAUUGUGGCAAAAAGAUUGGAGGCGGCGGGAUUACUCGCUUUAAAUAUCAUCUUGCUGGAGUUCCAGGCCAAGUUGAAUCUUGCAAGAAGGUGCCUGAUGACGUGAAACGUCUGAUAAUACAACAAAUUGAUGAGAAGUGGAGAAAUGAAGAAAGAAGGUAUGAAACUAGAGAUGCCCGCAGGUCACGCGUCAAAGAUUCUUCAGAUGCUAUUUUCUCAACCGAGGGAGGCUCUGAAAGCCUAUUCAGACCAUCAAGGAAGCGAAGAACAGGAUACUUUCCUCCGCAAACUACCACGGGUUCAGAGCCAAGCAGUGGCACAUUUAUGACUUCAGAAGACAUGGUUCAACUUCAACAUGGUGUAGAUGGUACAGAAGCUCCAAAUGAUCUGUUACAUGAAGCUAUAAUUGCUAUGGCUAGAUGGUGGUAUGAUGCAGAUGUACCCUUUAGUGCAGCGAAUUCUCCUUUCUAUCAGCCUAUGCUAGAAGCAAUAAUAUCUGCUGGACUGGGCUUCAAGGGACCAUCUUAUCAUGACCUACGUAAUCCAUUAUUAAAACAAAUUGCUGAAGACAUUCGUCAAUAUCUGGAUGAUCUAAAGAAAGAAUGGAGCUUACAUGGUUGCUCAAUUAUUGCUGACAGACAAAAGGACUAUGGAGAGGGUUCUAUAAUCAAUUUUCUUGUAUACUGCCCACGAGGUACUAUGUUUUUAAAGUCAGUAGAUACUUCGACGGAGAAAUCUGAUUUACUUGAGAUAUUUGAUCAAGUUAUUAGAGAAGUUGGGUCACAAAACAUUGUUCAAUUUAUCACUGACAUAGAUGCAAGAUAUAAGGUUGCUGUUAAGGUUCUGGAGGAAAGAUAUGGCACUUUUGUUUGGUCUCCAUGUGCAGCGCGUUGCAUUGACUUGAUGUUGGAGAAUUUCGCUGAUCCUAGAUAUUUUCCUAUGAUCAAUGAAACUUUAGGUAAAGCCAGAAAGAUAACAAAGUUUGUAUAUAAUCAUGCUUGGGUUUUGUCUUUAAUGAGGAAAGAGUUCACAAAUGGUAGAGAUCUGUGUCGUCCUGGCAUCUCGAGAUUUGCUACUCAUUUUCUUAGUCUCCAAAGCAUUGUUAAAUUUGAGAAAGAACUCCGCCAAAUGGUUACCAGCAACAAAUGGGUGAAAUCAACGUAUGCUAAAGGUGGUGUUGGAAAAGAUGUCACAGCUAUUAUUAUGAAAGAUGUUGACUUCUGGACCAAGAGCAAACAUGUUGUUAAGGUCACUGAGCCCCUGUUGUGUGUUCUGCGCUUGGUGGAUAGUAAUGAAAAAACUUCCAUGGGCUAUCUUUAUGAUGCAAUGGAAAAGGCAAAGGAGUCAAUAAGGGCAAGGAUGAUGCACAAGGCCUGUCUGUAUGGGCCAUAUGUGCGAGUAAUUGAUGCGAGGAUGGAGAAGCAGCUCCAUAGCCCGUUGCAUGCAGCAGGAUGCUUUUUCAAUCCUUGUAUUUACUUUAGCCCUUCUUUUAAGAUGCAAAGCUAUGCAUUUAGGGGCCUUAUUAAGACAAUCACUAGUUUGGUCCCUGAUGACGAUGUCCAAGAUAAGAUAUUUCUUCAGCUUGAGGAGUAUAAGAAAUCAACUGGUGACUUUGGCCUUCCAAUUGCAAUUCGUCAAAGAGAGAAACUUAAUCCCGUUGCAUGGUGGGACAACUUUGGUAAUGGAACUAUAGAACUUCAAAGGCUUGCAAUCCGAGUCCUCAGCCAAUGUUGCAGCGCAACAGGGUGCGAAAGGAGCUGGGAUACAUUCAAAGAUCUCCAUUCCAGGAAGCUAAGUAGGCUUGAGCGUUCAAGGUUAAGUGAUGUUGUCUUUGUUAGGUACAAUCUGAAGCUCCAAGAAAGGAACCUGCGUAAGCUUAAGGAUUCCAUAGAUCCUAUCAGCCUGGACAACAUUGAUGUCUUGGAUGAAUGGGUCAGUGAAGAACCUAGCCUUCUCUGCAGAGACGACCUGAACUGGGAGAGCCUAGAUGCACCAUUUGCCGAACUAACUUUGGACGACGACGAAGAGUUCGUCGCCGUCGACGAUGGCGAGGAAGCCCCAAUGGCGGCACUGUCGUGGCCAGCAGCAGAUGAUUUGUACUGCCCACAACCAGAUCAGGACCCCUACCUGUAUGUCACCCAAGAUUGCGAAACUUGA